ACCUCCGGCCAUGGAGGCCCCAUCCGUUCUCAGCCCCUCACCGUGGGAGCGGCGCCGCGCCUGGGCCCAGCAGAGCCGGAGCUGGAGGAAUUCAGUGCUGGAGCAUGAGGGGGCCUCUGCCCCAUGGGACACCCCCGACCUGCAGCCGCCCCACAUGGACCACGUCCCCCUUGGAGGGUAUGGAAGCACUGGGACCAGCUUCGAGGAUGACCUGACCCUGGGAGCUGAAGCUCUCCUGCUUCCAGGGAGCAGCAAGGCCAUGAGCAGGACCAAACCGCUCAGCCUGGGCCACAGCGUGGCCUCCAGCCUCACCACCAAGACCAGCUCCAGCAUCUCCGAGGUGCUGGAGCGCUGGGAGGCGGAUGCUGAGGACAUCCUCUACAACCUGGGCUUCGUGCCCAGCGAGCCGGGUACCGCAUCCCGGGUCCCCGUCCGGUUCCUCACGGCUCCUUCCCGUGCCAACGGCAUCAGCUUCCAGCUCUUCCUCAAGGCCCAAGUGCGGCGCAUGGAGAUGGAGGAUCCCUGCUUGACGCUGGCCAGUCGUUUCCAGCAGGUCCAGGCUCUGGCCACCACAGCCAAUGCCUUCUUCUGCCUCUAUUCCUAUGUGUCCCGGAGCCCGGUGCAGGGCAUCUCCUCCUCCUGCUGCUCCAGGGCUCAUCCCGACAUUCCCAACAUCCACAUCCCAACAUCCCAACCCCGAGCCCUGUCCCCCGUGCAGCGCCUGAAGAAGGCCGUGGCCACCAUGUGCCUCUAUGCAUCCCCAACGGGGUCCAUCCCCAUCCAACCCAGUUUCCUGCCCCACACCAGCAGCGGCACCGGGGAGGAGCUGGUGCCAGGGCUCAGCUCCCAGCCCAAGGCCUGA